AUGGCGAUAAAAUUAGCGCCAAUAAUAUUGUGCUUACUGCAUUGGUCUGCUGUAUUAUCUUCUCCUCUUUCGUUGUCAGAACCCGCUAACACAUUAGAAGCUAUUGAAGAUGUAAGUGAUUCUGAAUCAGUGGGCUCCUACAUCAGGGAAACAAGAGCUGCGUAUGAUGGCGAUUACUACAAAUCAAAUGAGAACGAAGGCAAUGGUGAAAUUGGAUAUUCUCGUAAGAAGUCCGGUGGUGGCAAGAAGGGAUACCAACAUUUCGACUCCUUUCACAAGAAGGCUGGAGACAACUAUGAAUUUGAGAAGCAAGACUCUUUUGGCCUAGACGAUAAAGGACAAGAUGGAGCAUACAGCCAUCGCAACGAACGCAGAGCGAACAGAGAUGAUGGUAGGAAGAGAGAAAGAGAGCCUGAAGAAUUUGAGGAUGAACAUGAAGAAAUCGAAGAUUCCCACAGACAAAAAGCAAAACAGCGAAAAGGGAAAGAUCAUGCUGAACUGAGGGAGGAAAGUCCUAAUGAAAAUGGUAGAGUGGAAUCUAGUGGCCAUGACCCCAAAGAUUAUACGCUGCCGGAAAGAUACACUUAUGGUGAUCCUGCUACAGAAUACGAUUUCUAG